CUUGUGAUCUCUCCUUCCUUCAGCUCAUUCUUCAUUCCACUCUUCGCUCAUCUUUCGUCAUUGCAACAUUGCCGCUCCAUGGCAAGCACAAACCCAUAGAUCCCUGCUAUAAGGACAUGCAAGGUCCGCUUUCACCACGACCAAUGUCGCUAUCUUCUCUGCUAGACCACUUCUUCUCUCCCAAAAAGAAUGCUUCCAUCAUAUCCUCAUACCCCGCAGCCGCCCUCGCUAUCCCCGAAGUCCUCGAGGCCAUAUUUUCGUUCCUCAGUCGCCACCUCCUCCGCACUGUCGUUUGCCUGGUCUGCAGGGAAUGGUUUCAAAUCGCUAGACGUAUUGCUCCCUAUGAACUCCAUUGGGCUUUCAACCUGACACGAAAGGAACACGAACGGGUCUUGAAAACUUUACCGACUACUGUGGCCCUGCUGCUCUCGCCUUACUCUGGCAUUCGGGAACGGGUCAUCAAGGAUAACCUAUCCAUGGAGCAUCGUGACGCUGCAUGGGCUGAAUUCGUCGCAUCUAUACGACUACUGCAGGGCUUGGACACUCAACUGCUGCGGGAGGUACAUAUCAGGAACUCACUAACAGACCAGAGAUUCUUCUUUGAGCUGCGACCGAAUCUUUCUCAAAUAUCGUUUCUAAAAUUAACGGAGGUUGGCGAUCGGCCGGACCGCGUUUUCUUGCACGGUAUCCUCACGGCAUGCCCUAGACUGGAGAUGCUUUACAUUGAUACCUCUAAUUUCGUCAAGCACCGUCCUCCAGUGAAGCAGUACAUGGAAUAUGACCACAGUUAUCACAUAAAGGACCUGCCAGUAUUGCCGUUACGAACCUUCGUCGUCCAUGAUCUUGUCCUUACUUCGAGAUGCCUCGAGUCCCUUGUCGAUGCUUCUCCACAACUCGUCGAGUUCAAGGUCGUGUGUGCUUGGAGAGUUCCUGUGUCCAAGAUUGUUCCUUCUCAAGCGGAUAAUACUACUGUUGUAGACGAUGACCAAAUCGACGGCACCUUCCAUGCUACAUCCUUCGCUUCGCCGCCAUUCAUUCCAGUCGCGCCUGUGUUCUCUUAUCUCCAAUUCAACUAUGCGAAACUCUUUCGUCGACUUUCACGAUGCUGUCCACGAUUAAAACGCCUUCACCUUUCAGUCUAUGAUCAGUGUUACACGCAGGACGACUUUGUCACGCUGCUCGAUCAAGAAUUCUCAGCGAUGAAUGAAUGGUCCUUUGCGCAAUGGGAACUGUCCUUAGUGUCAACUCGAUUUUCCAUCCCUCACUCAAAGAUGGCCUCUACCUUCUUUGUGCCGAUACCAAGUAUAGACGAGAAACUCGCAAAUCGGCUGACAUCCUUGGAACUGCUACCAAUCUUCAAGGGCUCAGAAAUCCAUGGCAACGAACUGCAUCAUAUCCUGUGCAAGACCGUCCACCUCCGGCAUCUCAUCGCUCCCAAUGUUCUCAUCGACAUAUCACUCCUCGAUGUUCAUGGCGUCCUGUACCCUAUCGACAGCGAAUAUUCUUGGGGAACUGGCAGAAAUAUCAACAACAACAUUACCCUGACAACGUCUACUUUGACUGCCGAGGACAGCUUUAUGAGCACUGACUCGAAUCCGCCUUCAUCCUCCGACGAGGCUCCUAUGCGACCUUGUCGAUCGACAUGGGCCUGUCGUGACCUUCAGACAUUACACAUCUCUCUCAACGACGCAUGUUUUACAGAAGGAUCCGCGCCGGCGGGACGAAUCGUGUUUGGGUAUCUGAGCAGGAUCUGCCCUAGACUUGUGGACCUGCAGCUGAACCGGCAGGUCAAUGACCUGUCUUACUCUGCGGGAUUAUGUCUGCUGACGCGGCUGCACGAUCUCGAAAGGCUGUCGGUCAGCUCAAAGAAACAUACAGGGAUCUGUAAGGAGAACUUGGAAUGGAUCAGACGAUACCCGACUGUGCGCGAGAGACCCCAACCACCCAUGACCAUCCUUUCGCUCAAGUGGAGAUCGCACGUGGCAGAAGCGAGCGGAAACAAAUUAGCUUCAGGAUCAGCAGAGGCAUGGUCGAUCUCAACAACUCGACAGAGCAACUACAGUGAUAUAGACUGGACAUAUCUGGGACUGGAGAGUGAUCUAGAAGAGUGGGCAAAGGAAAGAGAGUCUGGGAUAUUGAAUGGUGAACAGUGUUGGCCACAGCUCGAAUUCUUUGGAAUCGCAAUUGAGAAGGAAGACACCAAGGAGUUUUGGGCAGCGGAGCGUUUCAUACAGGAAAUUCGUCCGCAAACUACCACCCGCUUCAACAUCCGCUCGCCAAAAAAAUGAAGUCGUCCACCAUUUUUCUAUGAAAUUAAAUCAGAAACCAGAAUGAAGAGUGAUCAAACGGUUUCUAGGUGGCCAGUUUAUUAUGAGCAACCUAAUGCUCA